AUGCAGAAUGAGAUACAAUGGGUGCGGUUACUUUCUUGUCGUUUUGUCUAUGAAGAAAAGCUUUUCUUUUUGCUUCUGGUUCUUCGCGGAGCGGAAGCAGGACGACAGAAGACAAAGACCUCGGAGCGCAUGCGCGAGUGUCGUGAAAUAGGUAGGAAAAGGUCAGAAGACAUUGCGUUUUUGUUUGUGACCACAGUGAAUUUAUUCAAUCUAAAGAAAUGUACUUCAGUCCAUUUUUCCGCAUUCUACAAUAAGUUUUAUCUAUCUAUCUAUCUAUCUAUCUAUCUAUCUAUCUAUCUAUCUAUCUAUCUAUCUAUCUAUCUCAUUUUGUUCUUAUCUCAUUCUGAAAUGCAUAUAGGUAUGUAUCUAUCUAUCUAUUUCAUUUUGAAAUUUAUAUAUAUAUAUAUAUAUAUAUAUAUAUGUAUCUAUCUCAUUCAAAUCUGUUUAUAUUCUGAAAUCUAUCUAUCUAUCUAUCUAUCUAUCUAUCUAUCUAUAUAUCUAUCUAUCUAUCUAUCCAAGUCUUUUCAUAUCUAUCUAUCUAUCUAUCUAUCUAUCUAUCUAUCUAUCUAUCUAUCUAUCUAUCUAUCUCAUUUUGUUUUUAUCUCAUUCUGA